CACUCCUACUACUUUAUUUUCAUUCUUCUUAGCUCUAUAAACAUCAUUUUCUAAUUUUGUGGCCAAAAGAAAUGUCUGGUAAAACAGAAGGAGUCUGUUCGGCCACAACUAAUAAUCCUGUUUUUCUAUUAUAUUCCUUCUAUAAAAAUUAAUCAUCUUUCAAUUAGCAACACCGGCCAUAAUUUUUUCUCACUCUUAUAUUGUAUUUUUCGUUUCCCCCUCCUAUUUUUUGUGUCUCACUUCUAUUUAUUCACAUUCAUUUAAUAAUAUUUCCAUUACUUUUUUUUUUCUAAACUGCUACUACUUUACUAAUUGUAGUUUAAUAAUCUUGCCUUCUGCCACUAAUAAUCACGGUAGUGGCCAGUCGAUUCAUAGAUUAACACUUUGCUAAAUAUACCAUAGACCUAAGACAAUUUUCACCACUAAGUAUACUUGACUAAUAAAUUCCUGAUAACCAAAAAAUGCAUUUUUUGGCAUUCAGCUAGCUAAUUAGUUGUUUUUAGUAGUACUCUUACCAGCUGUGAUUUCAGUAACCAACUUCUUUUCCAUUACAUAAAUUGACAAGAUACAUUUAUUUAAAUGUUUUAUGCUUAAUUAGGCCAAAAAGUAGAUUUGAAAGCUACAUAGAGACACGCAAUACCACGUAGUACCAUCCAUGGACUAUGAUUACAAAUUAAUGAAACAUGUGUAGUAUUUAUUAUUUGUGUGGAAGUACCAUCUAUAAUUUUUUUUAUCAUUGCGCCACUUGAAAUAAUAGAUGUUCCAUUUAAUUGAAAAAGAAUUUUUAUUAAUAUAUAUACAGAUUCCAAGUUUAGUUUAACCUCGAAUUUAAUUUUUUCCAAAGAAAAAUUAAAGAAUAGAAGCAUUAUUAAAUACAGGCAAUUUUUAAACAAAUUUAUAGUAAACGAAAUAUCAACUCUUUGGAGAUACAUAUUUGUAGCCAUGAGACCUGGUCAAAGAAAAUCCAUGCAUAAAAUGAGGGAAGAGGUUUUAUGAAAGUCUUAUAUAGUCCUUCAAUAUUCUUUACAAAUCAUUACAUAUAUAAAUAAAUAAAAGGGGCAUAUAAUUAAUUAACAGAAGCAGUUGAGUUACACAUGUUAUAAUUAUGGCUGUUGAAUGGGAUUCUCUCAAACCAUGUUCUCAUUUAUCUAAACUUGUCUUAAUGUGUUUGUUCACAUCUUGUUUUCUUUUUCUUCUCUCAGAUUCACAAACACCUUAAUUUGUGUUAUACACAUGUUUCAUUUCAAUGAAAGAAUGAUUUUGGUGUAGGGAAAAAGAGAAAUUCUCAAAUAUUUUUGUUUUCUUAUUUUUUUUUUUUUGCGGGGUGAGCAAUGGAUGAGAAAACUCCAUUGUUGAGCAAUGAGAAACUAAAAGUGUUAAAUGGAAAAAGUUGGAACUCAAUCAAUACUCUGAAAUGUGAUUUCUUAUCAAAGUUGCCUGAGAAGCUAAGGAAAUGCCUUGAUCCUGAGGCUCCUUUACAUCUUGAUGUUUCUAAAACAGCUUGCUUAUCUCAAGGUGAGAAGGAGUACUAUGAAAGACAAUUUUCCACCUUAAAAUCGUUCGAGGAGGUCGACUCCCAUGACUCACCCGACGUGAUCGACCAAGAGCUAGAGCGUCAGGAACAGGCUCAGCAGGAAAGAGCUAUGAAUAUUUCAAACUGGGCUAAUGUUUUCCUCCUUGCAUUCAAGAUUUAUGCCACGGUACAGAGUGGCUCCUUGGCCAUUGCAGCCUCAACGCUCGACUCUUUACUCGACCUAAUGGCCGGAGGAAUACUAUGGUUCACUCAUCUCUCAAUGAAAAGCAUAAACAUUUACAAAUAUCCCAUUGGAAAACUCAGAGUGCAGCCAGUAGGCAUCAUCAUCUUUGCUGCUGUAAUGGCAACUCUAGGCUUCCAAGUGCUAAUACAGGCUGUGGAAGAGCUAAUAAAAAAUGAACCAUCACCAAAGAUGAACUCAACUCAAUUGUUCUGGCUCUAUGUCAUUAUGCUCACAGCAACCGCAAUUAAACUCGUUCUCUGGAUUUAUUGCCGAAGCUCGCGAAACAAGAUAGUUCGCGCCUAUGCCAAGGACCAUUACUUCGACGUGGUGACAAACUUGGUGGGAUUGGUGGCUGCGAUUCUCGGCGACAGAUUUUACUGGUGGAUUGACCCGGUCGGUGCUAUAGCUCUUGCUGUCUACACAAUCGUUAACUGGUCAGGAACUGUGCUCGAAAAUGCAGUUUCACUAGUUGGACAGUCGGCUCCGCCAGAAGUACUGCAGAAACUUACGUAUCUUGUGCUAAGGCACGACCCGAAGAUCAAGCGUGUAGACACGGUCCGUGCCUACACGUUUGGGGUUCUCUACUUUGUUGAGGUGGAUAUCGAGCUGCCAGAGGAUCUGCCGUUGAUCGAAGCACAUGCGAUUGGAGAGUCGCUACAGAUCAAGAUAGAGCAGCUUGAAGAAGUGGAGAGGGCAUUUGUUCAUCUUGAUUAUGAAUGUGAUCACAAACCAGAGCAUACCAUUCUCAGCAAACUCCCAAAUACAGACCCCUAGAUUUUCAAACUCUAAUCUAGCUAUUUGUUAGUUUGAAAUGUGCUAUUGUAAAAAAUUGCAGUUUGGUUGGAAACAUUAAUAUAUGCCUGCAGUAGGCUAGAUGGUGAAGUUGUUCAAUUCCAAGAUAGAGUUUGCAAAUGGCACAAACAAAACAUAAUGUGGAAAUAUCAUUUACCAUUUAACUCUCUCAA